AAAAUUCCAAUUGGUUUGACUUGUACAAGUAUGAUAUACCAGUUUUUCAUUUUAAUGGCAAGUUUUUAAUGAAACAUAAAGUGGAUCACGAAGCUUUGCAAGACGCAUUGAGAGGUUUUGUCAAAUGAGGUUUCGCGAUGUCUGAAAAUAUUAAAAGACAAAAACAACUAUGGAAACUCAUUCAAAAAGGGAAUUACGUGAAACUGGAGGCUUUCCUUGAAUCUGAUAUUUCAAGUUCUAUGGAGUUAGUAAAUAUGAGACACAAAGCAGCCGGUGACUCUGUUAUACACUUAUCAAGUCGUCAUGGUUUUUUGGAUCUUGUUGAAUAUUUCCAUAAAAUCUGGAAUGUCUCCUUGUAUUUGAAAAAUCUUGAUGGAAAAACCCCCCUACAUGAAGCUUCUGCAAAUGGACAUUUUGAUGUGGCAAAAUAUUUGUUAGAUUGUGAUGUGCCGGUCGAUAGUUUGAAAAUAAGUGAUUGGACUCCAUUAAUGCUUGCCUGUACCAAAGAAGGAAAUAUAAAAGUGGUUGAUUUGCUUGUUUCAAGUGGAGCAAAUAUUCAUUUAAUAAACAAGGAUGGAUGGAAUUGCUUUCAUAUUUCGUGUCGACUAGGUGAUGUAGAUAUGGUGAAUUAUUUGUUGAAUUUGGAUGGAUUGAUAUGGAAAACAGUCAGUAACAAUGGCCGUACACCUUUACAUACCGCUGCAAUGCAUGGGAAAAAGGAAGUUCUUGAUAUUCUUAUGCAAAAAUGUGAUUCCAGGUUGGAUGAACAAGAUUCCUGUGGGAGUACUCCACUCAUGGAAGCAGUUAAAGGUGGACACUUACACCUAGCUAAAAAUCUUAUACGAAAUGGAGCUCGUAUUGAAAAGUUGGACAAUCUUGGAAGAAAUGUUCUUCAUAUUGCUGCCGAGUGUGGCAAAAUGGAUGUCAUCAAAUAUCUGGUUCUUGAAUGUCAUAUGGAUCCAAAUGCAAGGCCGGACUUUGAAGCUAAUUUUAGCCACACUGCGUUGGAUUGGGCUCGCAAAGAAGAUCAAAUGGGUGCUGUCGAGGUUUUAGUUAAUUUGGGUGCAGUUGGCUAACUAACAUCCAUUCUUUGAAACUGCUUUCUGUCUCUUUUUUUAUAAUUCUGAUAAUAUAUGGUAUAUGAAUA